CCUUCUUCUUCUCUCACUCCCUUAUCCCUUCCCUCAUCGCUGCUCAAAACUCCCCAAUUUCUAGGGUUAGGGUUUUAGCUCCCAACGAAAACCUCCUCAAAUCCCCCAAACCCUAGAAAUGGCGUCCGCAUCCACCGCCCAAUUCCAGCUCCUCACCUCGUUCUCCCCUCUGCCCUCCUCCAAAAAACCCUUCUCCUCCUCGAACUCCCUCUUCUUCUCCUCCUUCAAACCCUCCAAAUCCAACCUCAGACUCCGGCGAUCCACAGCCCGACCUCUCCGCGUCGUAAACGAGAAGGUCGUCGGAAUCGACCUCGGGACGACGAACUCGGCGGUGGCGGCGAUGGAGGGAGGGAAGCCGACGAUCGUGACGAACGCCGAGGGGCAGCGGACGACGCCGUCGGUUGUUGCGUAUACGAAGAAUGGGGAUCGGCUUGUUGGUCAGAUUGCGAAGAGGCAGGCGGUGGUGAACCCGGAGAAUACUUUUUUCUCGGUGAAGAGGUUUAUUGGGAGGAAGAUGGUGGAGGUUGACGAUGAGUCGAAGCAGGUGAGUUAUAGAGUUGUGAAGGAUGAUAAUGGGAAUGUGAAGUUGGAGUGUCCCGCCAUUGGGAAGCAGUUUGCGGCUGAGGAGAUUUCGGCUCAGGUUCUGAGAAAACUUGUGGAUGAUGCAUCCAAAUUUUUAAAUGACAAGGUCACUAAAGCAGUGGUCACAGUUCCUGCAUACUUCAAUGACUCUCAGAGGACAGCGACAAAGGAUGCUGGGCGUAUUGCUGGUUUGGAAGUUCUUCGUAUCAUUAAUGAACCUACUGCUGCAUCUUUGGCGUAUGGUUUUGAAAAGAAGAGCAAUGAAACCAUUCUUGUAUUUGACUUAGGAGGCGGAACAUUUGAUGUUUCAGUUCUUGAGGUUGGCGAUGGUGUUUUUGAGGUGCUCUCUACCUCUGGGGACACACAUCUUGGUGGUGAUGAUUUUGACAAGAGAAUUGUUGAUUGGCUAGCUGCAGACUUCAAGAGAGAUGAGGGCAUUGAUCUCCUGAAAGAUAAGCAAGCCCUUCAGAGACUCACAGAGACUGCAGAGAAGGCCAAGAUGGAACUAUCAUCUUUGACACAGACAAACAUUAGCUUACCAUUUAUUACUGCUACUGCUGAAGGCCCCAAGCACAUCGAGACAACUAUCACAAGGGCCAAAUUUGAGGAAUUAUGUUCAGAUCUUCUUGAUAGGCUUAGAAGACCUGUGGACAAUGCUUUGAAGGAUGCAAAACUUUCAUUUAAAGAUUUGGAUGAGGUGAUUCUUGUGGGUGGAUCAACCCGUAUCCCAGCAGUUCAGGAGCUUGUGAAGAAAGUGACUGGGAAAGACCCAAAUGUCACAGUGAACCCUGAUGAGGUGGUUGCACUUGGUGCUGCUGUACAGGCUGGAGUGUUGAGUGGAGAUGUUAGUGACAUUGUUCUUCUGGAUGUGAUACCACUUUCUCUUGGAUUGGAGACUUUGGGUGGGGUGAUGACGAAGAUCAUCCCAAGAAACACUACGCUGCCCACAUCUAAAUCUGAGGUCUUCUCAACAGCAGCUGAUGGGCAGACAAGUGUUGAGAUUAGCGUUCUACAGGGUGAAAGAGAAUUUGUGAGGGACAAUAAAUCCCUUGGAAGUUUCCGUCUCGACGGAAUUCCUCCAGCUCCACGAGGAGUUCCACAGAUUGAAGUCAAAUUUGAUAUUGAUGCCAAUGGUAUUCUCUCGGUCUCUGCUGUGGAUAAGGGCACAGGGAAGAAGCAAGACAUUACAAUUACAGGAGCUAGUACCUUACCCAGCGAUGAGGUGGAGAGAAUGGUCAGCGAAGCAGAGAAGUUUGCCAAGGAGGACAAGGAGAAGCGAGAUGCAAUAGACACCAAGAACCAAGCAGAGUCAGUCGUCUAUCAAACAGAGAAACAACUGAAAGAACUAGGAGACAAGGUCCCUGCCGAAGUCAAGCAAAAGGUAGAAUCAAAGCUCGGUGAGCUCAAAGAAGCCAUCACCAGCGAAUCCACACAAAGCAUGAAGGAUGCCAUGGCUGCAUUGAACCAGGAAGUAAUGCAACUUGGGCAGUCGCUAUACAACCAGCCUGGUGCUGGUGGGCCUGGCGGCGCUGCUGGUGGGCCUUCACCGGGCCCAGAUGCUGCUUCUUCUGGGCCUUCUACCAAAGGAGCCGAGGAUGGGGAUGUUAUCGAUGCAGAUUUUACAGACAGCAAGUGAGGUGUAGGGAUACACUUAAAUAAGAUUUUACGGUAAUAUAUUUAUAUGAAGGGUGGGGGAGUGAAAAAAAAUUCGCCCUUUUUUUGGGGUUUUUGAAACAAGAAGUUAGAUUGUUAGCUUAUGUAUUGUUACAAGCUUAUAGUUUUCGUAAGAUUUAAUGAUUGAAUAGGACGUUAUUAAUCUAUCACUGGUCAGUAGAUUUA